AUGAGUCCCAAGAAAAGUAAAACCACGAAAGCGAUGUUGAAAAAAUCUAACACUAUGGCUGCUACUGCUGCGGCUGGUCAAGCAUUUUUGAAACAAUCGUGGGGUGAAGAUAAACUAAAACAAGUCAAUGCAAUGUUAAAUGCACGUGAUAAUUCAGAUACAAGUUCUGAUGAUGAAAUAUCAUCACCUCCAUCGACAGCUGUGUCCUCCAGCGCUGCAAAGAAAACAAAAUCCAAACCAAAACUAUCCAAAGCAACCACAAUGAAAGCUACAGCAAAGGAAGCGAAAGCCAUUCUUGGCACGCAAUCAUUCGGAGAUACACGUACAGAAACUAAACGACGACAGGCCGCUAUUAAAGCCAAAGAAGCGCUUCAAGAAGUAACUAAAUCAACAGGCGGACGAAAGCCAGCAUUGAAAAGACUCGGCACAAUGGCAAAUACUGCUAAAGAAGGAAAAGCAUACAUAAAACGAACGACUGGUAGCACGAAAAAGAGUACAACUGGCCGAAAACGUACAGGUGGUCGUGCGCAGAAAACGAGCAAAUAG